AUGGCAGUUACCAUUCGGCCCAUCACACCCGAAGACGAACAACGCUGGCGCACACACUGGGCCGCCUACAACGACUUCUACCAACGCACCGACGGCAUCACCGAGACUAUCACCGCCACGACGUUCUCUCGCUUCCUCGACGAAAGCAGUCCGGUCCAAUGCGCCGUCGCCAGCACCUCCUCAGGUUCAUAUGAAGGAGGACUAGUUGGCUUCGUUACAUGGUACCCGCACCCCAGCACGGACAGCGUCGAAGAUGUUGUCUACCUAAACGACCUCUUCGUCGACCCGGAUGCACGCAACGGUGACGUGGGCAGGAAGCUGAUUGAGUACGUCUAUGCUGAGGCGGACAAGGCUGGGGCCGGGAAGGUGUACUGGCAUACGCAGUUCUUCAACCACCGCGCGCAGCUGUUGUAUACUAAGGUUGGGAAGAGGACCGAUUUCGUGAUGUACACGAGGCAGUGA